CGCUAUUGCCCGUGGUUACCGAUCGUCUCUCACCCAGCAACAAGGAAACCCAGACAGACACUGCACAGCGUAGCAGAUCCUAAAAGAGAAAGAGAUGCCUCCUGAGAUGGCCCGAGCGGCCUCCCAAUCAUCGAGUGCUGCUUCCCAAGCAACCCAGAUAGUAGCAACUCACAGUCGCCCCGGGACGGCUGAUCUCAUGAGAUCACGCUCCGAAACCGUAGUGUCCCGCAACAGUCGUCGCCCGCGGUCCAGAGGCUCGACGGCUAGCAUCCACUCCAACACGACCCAGCAGACCCAGGACCAACAGCUUGCCGAUGGCUUUUCCCAGUUCCUGCCCACCCAACCCACUGCUGGUCACAAUGUUUUCGGCGGUAACCCGGAGGAUAUCAUCAUGCGAUUUGGCCAACAAUUGUCGCACCCAGUGAACGGAGCGUCCCUCGACCCGACCAUGCAGGAUGCUCACCAUGCUGUCAUGCCCAGGGCAGAGGAAUUUCCUAGCCAUGCAAUGCAUAGUCACCAUAUGUCACAUCACUCCAUCCCUUCUGGUCUAUCAAGCCAUGGAUUGGCGGGCGUGCCGAUGCCCCAAUACACAGCUAUGUAUGACAGUGGAAUUGAGAACCAUGUGCCUGAGCAUGUACUGGAAGAAAAUGAUAUCUCCGAGGCUGGCGCGAAGAAGAAGAAGGGGUCCAGCUCGUCGCUAGCCAACGAUAACGAAUUGCGCAAACUGCUCCGCCAAUAUGAAGGGUAUUCGCUGAAGCAAAUGGCAGCCGAGGUCUUGAAGCAUGAAGGGGCUGGAGGCAAGGCUGAGAAAGUCAAACAAGUCUUUGCGAUGAUUUGGCUGAAGGAGAACUGCCGCAAGAGCAGCGGCUCAGUGCGCCGCGAUCGCGUGUACUGCUGCUAUGCAGAGAAGUGUGGAACAGAACGAGUAUCAGUUCUGAACCCUGCUUCCUUCGGCAAGCUUGUGCGCAUUAUCUUCCCAAAUGUGCAGACUAGAAGACUUGGUGUGCGGGGCGAAUCGAAGUAUCACUAUGUGGACCUCACUGUCAUUGAGGAGAAGCAGCAGAAGCCACCACCCCUCAAUCCACAGUUGCCAUCGAACACGAACAGCGCAGCAAAUGUCACUGAAACCAAAGUUGAUGACAUGAUGCAGAAGAGUGUUAGUGUUGCGCCACAGCCUCCUGCAGAUACUGCUGUAUUCCCUUCGCCUACGACAUCUUUUGCCCCAAAGUUCACUGCAACCCCAUCUACUUCGGGAUGUGACUGCCAAUCUUCAUCUGAGUCUCACACUGGUUCAUCCAUCAGACUUGACAAUAUGGCAAGCACAUCAGGAAAGUUGAUACACCAAAUGCUUCACCUACCGUCUUCCGACUCUCCCCCAAUGGACAACGAAUCUCUGCAGCUUCCUGAUAUCAGUGACUAUCUACCAGCCAAUACGGAUUCGAAGAUUGCUGCGGCUCUUGCGGCUCUCUACCGUUCACACUGCAUCUCCGUCAUCGACAGUUUCAGAUACUGCAAGGAAAGAAACAUGCUACGAUAUUUCUCCGCCUUCCAUGGAACUUUGACCGUACCAGUCCAGAAACUCCUAACCCACCCGAAUCUUGCUCCAUGGAUCAAGGAAUGUGACUGGAUAAUGUACCAGAAAAUGAUCGCUUUCGUUGCGCCACUUACUACGCAGGUCGUUCCCAAGCUCGUGUUGGAUGCUUUCAGCUCGAUCUCUCAGAAACUUACAGCCCAUAUUGCCGAUACGUUCAAGUCCCAGCCACUGCAUGUAUCGGAGGCAAGAUUAAUCCCGGCUCAUAUCUUCUGCAACCUUCUGAAGCACAUGCUCGAUGUGAAUCAAUCUGCAAACGCGGCUGCGGCUUGGUUGUGCCAUCCCGACAACAGAAAUCAGAUGUGGUUCGACUUCAAAACCUUGGUGGAUCCCCAGGAGAUGAUCGUGAAGGCGAAUAUCCCACGCUGUUCCGAACUUGCAACAGCACUGGUAUUGAAGCACGAUGUUCGGGCUUUGCUUACUCCUGUUGCGGACAUGAAUCCUUCUGCUGCCCUCCCGUUCUACACCCGGCCAGAUACCGAUGAAGACAUCCAGGCACACAAGUACCCCGUGGAGUCGGCUGCGGGAGAUGACUACAACUUCCCAGACAAGUGGAUAUCAUUCAUCCUCAACCUACCUUCCGUAUUCCCCCAUCACAGUACGCAGUGUAUCAUCGAGAAAGUCGAUGCUUUAUGGGAUUGCAUACUACGACGGUUGACUCUAGGUGGCGCCCAGAGUUUCAGCGCCUGGUGGAUGACUAAGGUUUUCUUCCAUGAAAUGAUGCUAUGGCAGGCCGAAAAAGGAGGAUUUAUGCGUUACACCCCAAGCACCUUGCACUACGCAACCCUGAGCUCCAACCAGCAGGGGCCAACCAGCUUCCUCAUGAAACCGUCUAACUGCCCAGUGCCGGACAAGGAUGAGUCCCAACACGCCGCUCAUUCGAGGACAAGGUCGGCCGCCAGUCCAGCAUCAGCGGAGAGUCUUACGCAAACGCAGACACCAAUGCAUCGCUCGCAGAUGGAAGCCGAAUCGAACCAGAACACAUUGGAAAACGAGAAGCCUAGCGGUGUUUCCGAUAGCAUGGCUGGUUUCCAGGCUCCCAACAAUGAUGAUAGCGCCAUUGACCUUGACGAUGAUUCGAUGCUCAUGACUGUUGGUAAAUAUGGUGAUAUGAUGGUCUCUGACCCAGCAGAUGCUGAGGGAGAUGUCGUCGUCAUAUAAUUUACCUUCACAUAUCCAUUUGAAUUUUGUUCUUGGAAAGAAAAAAAACCCGUUUUCUUUGCUUAUGGGCGGAGUUGGAUCUUUUUUUCCCGGAGUACUAUUUGGCUUGAUCACUAUUUACGUCUAUUUCAGAGGAAAGCUCGGCGUUCGACGA